CUCCUUGGGAGCACCGUUCUCUCAGCCUGGGCUUUCCUGCCACAUCUGCAGCUCCCCUCGAAGAAUCUGCCCUUCCUCCGCCUGGCGAGGCGCAGAGAUGAACCACGCCAGGCCUCGCUAUGUCAUCGAUCGUCCCGCGUAUUCCGUCAGCCUCUUCGACAAAGAGUUUGAGAAGAAAAGUAGAAGUUACCCCAUUGGGGAAAAACUGAAAAACCUUUUCAGAUGUUCAGCUUCCAGAGUCAAACUCAUCCUCUUUAACCUGUUCCCAAUACUUGUGUGGCUUCCCAAGUAUAAAAUUAAGGACUACAUUUUGCCUGAUGUUCUUGGUGGGCUCAGUGCGGGAACAAUUCAAGUGCCACAAGGAAUGGCCUUUGCACUGUUGGCCAACUUGCCUCCUGUCAACGGCCUCUACUCCUCCUUCUUCCCCUUGAUAACAUACUUCUUCCUUGGUGGCAUCCAUCAGAUGGUCCCAGGUACUUUUGCAGUCAUCAGCAUUAUUGUUGGCAACGUCUGCAAUGAGCUGGCUCCAGAGUCGGACUUCCAGUACUUCAACCAUACUACCAAUGAGACCAGUGUGAAUACCACAGCAAUGGAAGCAGCUAGGUUGGAGAUCUCUGCCACCUUAGCGUGCCUGACAGCCCUCAUACAACUGUGCCUGGGAUUCGUGCAGUUUGGCUUUGUUGCUAUCUACCUCUCAGAGUCUUUCAUCAGGGGCUUUAUGACAGCAGCAGGGCUGCAGAUCCUCAUCUCCGUGCUCAAGUAUGUCUUCGGCUUGACAGUCCCAUCUUACACCGGGCCCUUAGCUAUCGUCUAUACAUUCAUUGAUAUUUGUAAAGGUCUGCCCAAAACCAAUGUGGCCUCCCUGGUCUAUGCCUUGGUCAGUGCUAUGCUUUUGAUCAUUGUCAAGGAGCUCAACCUAAAGUACAUGAAAAAGAUCCGGAUGCCCAUCCCUAUGGAGAUCAUCAUUGUGAUAGUUGCGACUGCAAUCUCCGGCAGCUUCAACAUGCCUGAGAAGUACGGCAUGCCAAUAGUUGGGAAGAUCAGCAUGGGGUUCCCAGAGCCAACCCUGCCCCUGGUGAACAAGUGGAAAGAUAUGAUCGGCACAGCUUUCUCACUGGCCAUCGUGAGCUACGUGAUCAACCUGGCCAUGGGGAGAACGCUGGCAGCCAAGCACGGCUAUGACGUGGACCCCAACCAGGAAAUGCUGGCCCUGGGCUGCAGCAACUUCUUUGGAUCUUUCUUCAAAAUCCAUGUGAUCUGCUGUGCUCUCUCCGUCACUCUCGCCAUCGAUGGAGCAGGAGGGAAAUCACAAGUGGCAAGUUUCUUUGUGGCCUUGGUGGUCAUGGUGACCAUGCUGGCUCUGGGGAUCUACCUCGAACCUCUUCCAAAGUCUGUCCUGGGAGCCCUCAUAGCAGUGAACCUGAAAAACUCCCUCAAGCAGCUGGCUGAUCCCUUCUACCUGUGGAAAAAGAGCAAGCUGGACUGCCUGGUCUGGCUGGUGAGCUUCCUGUCUGCUUUCUUCCUGAGCCUUCCCUACGGAGUUGCUGUGGGCGUGGGAUUCUCCGUGCUGGUUGUGGUUUUCCAUACCCAGUUCCGUAACGGCUCUGCCCUGGGCCAAGUAACUUCCACAGACAUCUACAAGAAUCCUAAGUCCUACAACAAGGUACAUGAACUUAACGGGAUUAAAAUAGUGACCUACUGCUCGCCACUCUAUUUUGCCAAUUCAGAGAUAUUUCGUGAGAAGAUUAUAGCCAAGACUGGGGUGGAUCCUGGUAAAGUGUACUUAGCCAGGAAGAAAUAUGUGAAACGGCAGGAGAAGGGGACAGCACCACCCCCACCAAAGCUACCAAAAUUCCUACUGAAGCAGAACAAGACCUUGUCUUUACAAGAGCUCCAGAAAGAUUUUGAAAGCACCUCUCCAACAGAUACCAACAACAACCAGACGUCUGUUAAUGGUGUCAGCAUCUCCUAUGUCACAUUCCAUCCACCUGCCAACAGUGCUGGGCAAGUGCACACCUCCAGUGAGCUGGGCAGCACCACUACUCUGCAAGGAAGCACUUUCAGUAGCCUCCCCACAGCAGAUGUUGACCCUCUGAUGACAGCACCACCCUACAUCAGCUUUCACACCAUCAUCCUGGACAUGAGUGGGGUCUGUUUUGUUGACCUCAUGGGCACGAAAGCACUGGGAAAGUUGUGUUCCAGUUACCAGAAGAUUGGGAUAAAAGUGUUCUUGGCAAACGUGCAUGCCCAGGUCUACAAUGACAUUAGCACAGGUGGCGUUUUUGAGGAAGGAGGCUUGGACCAAAGUCACAUCUUCCUGACAAUCCAUGAUGCUGUUUUGUUUGCACUGGCAAAUAUCAACGAAAUUGUCCACCCGCCCAUCUUAGAAGAGAGCCCGAGCCAGACGGAGCUCUCUAUCUAUGAUGAGUCUGUGGAUGAAAGCAGUGCAGAGUUCAAGAACUUGGAGGAGGAGAUGUUUGGAAGCAUGUUCCACACAGAGACCCAGACAGCUUUGUGAGUGCACAGGGAGUGUCAGUGUGCGGGCAAACUCUCCUGAACAGACUCCUCACUCCCAUCCCUUCAUGAAGAGCUGCACUUCUACUUGGGGAUGCAUUAAGUUUGGAAAGCAAGAGGUCAUCACACCUCUUGAGCUGAUAAAUCCCUCCCUCCUCCCUGCUCUGCUUCUGGUAUUACGAGCAAUGGACUCUGGAGCAGGCAACAGAAUUCUACGGAAGCAGGAAUUCAGGAAAUGCCAUCUCAUUCAUUACAGAAGAGAAGCAAGUUCAUUUGAAGGCAGGUGCCUUAACACAUGGGACGAUUACUCAUUAUUGCCAAAUGCUCUCCUUUGUCUCACAAAAUCAAACUCUUCUGCCCACACAGGAAUUAGGUAAAUUGGGCAUCCCCUUCUCUCUUUUCCUCCUCCCUCCUUCCCUGAUGAAGUGAAGUACGAGCCUUUCACAGUUUUGAUUCACAAGCAAAAGCAACUCUUGAAAGGUGGGGUUACGGAGCUUUGUAAGGUAAUGUUGUUCUACAAUGUGCACUGACCUUUGGGGUAUCUACACAGUAAGUGCAAACCCCUGAAUUUCCCACCAUCUCUGCCCUUCCUGUGGUCCCUCUUCUUUGAGCCCCUGCACUGCUCUCUCUGUGACCCAGCAUCCAAGAAACCACUGCCCCAAACCAAUGCUGCAUUUUUGGUACCCCAAACAUGUUGGUACUCUGUCUCUGUAGGGCUACUUUCUGGAUUACUUUUUUUUUUUCUCCUUACUAAUAAGGCUGGCUUGUAAGGAGAAACAAGAAUUCUGUGUUACCCUGUGUUACAUGCAUAUGUUGUCCUGCCUGCCAAGUGGCUUGAGUACCUGCUCUAAAAACCCAGGGUUCAGUUCAAAUCCCCCUUACAAUUUUUUUUAGGGAUCUUUCUACUGACUGAAUGGCACUUCAGCUAAGGCCCUCAGACUGUGAAUGGCAUGAAAGCAUUCAUCCCAAGAGUGUUCUGACUCUUCCCUUCUUCUUUUUAACUGAAGCAACUAAAAGUUUUAGUCCAGAACAUGGAUGAGAACUUCGAGGACAGAUUUUUUCCCCAAGUGAUUUUGAUCACAAAGAGCAAAUUCAGGGACAGGAAAGGAAGCCCUCCCUGCACACUUUUCAUGAUGCCAUCGAUCCAGAGGAGUAAAACUGAAAUUGAGUGUAUUUCAUGUCUGCAACUAGUGAAUGGUCCAAGUGACACUCCUAUGUAUGCAGAGCUUCUGGUGACAAGCUCUCAGAUGGUCACAUGUGCAGUAAGAGAAAACUCUUGUCUAGUAUGUGAUAUUUCCAUAGCAAUUCUCUACUACAUGUUUGAUGAUUUUCACUAAAAUCCACCACAGACUGAUGCUACCAGGACCAUCUACCUCUCAGGCAAACAGGCCUGUCUCACUAACCCAGAGGCGGACAGCUGAGAUCUUAAACAUUUCUAAAAACCUGACAUUCUUUUCUAUUUGAAUGAUGCUAAUAACAACUGCUAUUUUAGCUUCCUUUUCUGAUGCCUUCCCUUCUUAUCCGGUGCUGAUGUUGUGACAGCAAUGACAAGUUGAUCAUAUAAAGCCUGAAAAAUCUAAGCAUAAGCCAAGUGUUAAAGGGCCCCCUCGUUCUUCGUGCAUUUCAGCCUCAAAUAAGGUUUUAAAAAAACCUUAAAGACACAUAGUGGUGUGUACCAAUUUCAAUUAAAACCAUUACUUUUGUUUGACUUUCAAGUCUUUCUACAAAGUAUUUCCAGCACUGUGAUAAAACACAAGAGUUAACAAGAAAAACUAACUGUAAUGGAAACAAAACUGGACAGUCCGUUAUCUUUCCAUAACCACAAAAUACUAAAAGUGGCCUUAACAAUAAAAGUAAAUUAUAUUUUUAAAAGUUAUUUCUAUGCUAUUACCCUAAGAUACUAAACAUAUCAUCAAGCUCUAAUGUACCAUUUUGAAGUACAUAUACAUCAUUGAGCUGAUUGGCUAGCCGACUGCUAGAAGGCUUUCUGCAGAGAGAAAGGGAGGCUUUCCUACAGCUCCUAUAUGUGUCUUUUUUAAGGAAAAAAAAUGCAUCAUGAACCAUUAUAGAUGGACAACCAUUAAAGGAAACAACAUCAGGAUCCUGCAAGUUUGGCAUUAUGUAACACCUCAUUAUCUAAGUUGCCAUUUCGCUACCUCAUCAGUUUCUGAUUAUGUGGUGCAGGGGAGAGUAAUAAAGCGAAAGGAGGUUAGUUUCCAAAAGGAAAAACCCACUAAUUAACAAUUAUUACUUAUUUUAAUCUUAGAGAGUGGUGAUUUUUUCCAGAAAUGUGUAUAGCUUGUUCUAGAAUGUAAAAUCAAGUGAUUCAUUCUCUUCACUUACUUGUUUUUAAAAAAGCAACAAAGAAAUUGAUGCAACAGAACAAGAAACUAUCCUACAGUAGCUAAUCAAUAUUUAUCUAUCUCUGAGGUGGCAUCACAUUAAAUGAAGAAAAUUCGACUUGUCCGUUCUUCAUUCAGGGUUAAUGACAGGAGGCUGAAUUCACAGUCUCAGGGCCUGACAGGCCAAGUGGAGGAAGCCUCAGAGCAACAGACCAUGUAUAAAAAACAAAUUGUUUUUCUUGAAUGUCCUACAAGUAUAAUGGAUGGAAUGUCAAGGAAGAAGGCUUUGAAGUGGUGGCAACUCUAUGAUUCUGAUGAUCUAAGAAGGAUAUCUUAUUUCUGUAGCUGUGGGCCAAUUCUGGCAAUAAAUGUAACACAACAGUGGGCAACCAGCAUUGCUGGAGGCACAAUGUGGCAGGUUCAUAGUCUUAAUUUCCAAGGCCCUGGGCAAGAGAAUUAGGGAAGCUCAAAUUCGUGCUGGGGUAAGAAAAAUUUCAUUUCCAGUAUCCCUUUAUUGUUCCACCAACAGUGAUGUCGAUAUGUAAUGGCUCUGAAGCCUUACUGGGAAAUGCAUGAUGUUUAACCAGCUCGGAAAUAUCUGUAAUUUAUUUAAUUUAAUAUUGGUUUUGUUCUUUUUUUGAUAAUAAAGAAUGUGUGAACAAUCA